CAGCCACACAGACACUCCUCCUGUGAGCAUUUGUUAGGCAGCUUCUGUCCCUUAUGUCUCUUUGUAGGGAACAGAGCAGAGUUCCUAGAGCAUCACUGAAGACAAGAUACAUCUCUAGGGACAACACCCGGGCUGCAGACUUCUGUGCACCCCUGGUCACAGCUUCAACGGAUCCCAAAAAUGGGCAUGUGGAAAGGAAAGACAUAGCAACUUAAGCAAGGGGAGCCUAAAUCUGAAGUCCAGAAGAAGAGGUGGAAAUAAAAAUAAAAUAAACAAGCCAAGAGGUCACUUCAGAAAUGAAGACAAGAUGAACAGCAGGUCAGAGUCGUCAACGCUGGAUUGGACCGCAAAAGAAAAAGGAAUCUGGAACACGUUCCAAAUAGGCGAUGGUGGUUUGAAAAUGAGAAGCUCUUUAAAGAACAUCUUGAAAAGUCCCAACAGUGCUUUUAAUUCAUCAGCCAGGAAUUAAUCUUAUCUCUUCAACUUUCUCUGAGAAGGAACAUUAAAAUCUUUGUUGAUAGAGCUCUUGGGGAGUGAGUAAUAUUUCUUAUACACAAUCUUAAAACUACAGCUGUUGACUGGAGACAGACAGAACUGCCAAGUGCUUAAGAAAAUUAGGUUUUUGCUUAGUUCUAUAAUGGAUAAGCCUGUAUUUGGACUAACUAUAUAUUGAUGCACUGGGGAGAGGAGAAAUGUUUACAGGAUGUGGAGUGUUCAGUGGCCAUAACCACUGUCUGCCUAACAGCAAUGUCACACAACAACCUGGACUGGAGGUAAAGAGAACAAACCAGACUGCUAAUGGAGUAAACCAAGGGACUGGCCCUUUUUAUGAGGGUCAAAGUUAUACAAACACUAUAAUGCAACCUGCGUUUAACAACAGUCUUUCUGACACAAUAAAACCUCCGCUGUUGCCACCCUCUCCAGCGGCUGUUAAACUAGGGCAGGAAGGUUUCAAAAAAGUUUGCCGUACUGAGGAGGACAGCCCCUGUCCCUUUCCAGGUCUGGCUUCUGGGGUGCUGGAGAUGCGUGUCAAAGAGGGUAGCAAGAUCCGCAACCUAAUGGGAUUUGCUAUGGCUCGGAUGCAAGGAGAAAAGACUGGAAGUGCGGGAGGUGGGACCGUCAGUGGGCUCAGGCAGGUUGUAUUCACUGGGUCAGGUCGCGCCGUCACAAAGACCAUCACCUGUGCUGAGAUUAUGAAACGAAAAGUGGGCUGUCUGCAUCAAAUGACUAAGCUCAGGUACAAAGUGGUGAAAGAAGUUUGGGAGAGCAACCAGGGGGCUGCAUCUGAGAUGACGGUGCACAGGACUGUACCUUCGAUCAGCAUCCUUCUUUCUAAGGAUCCUCUGGAUCCUCAGGAGCCAGGCUAUCAGCCACCAGAGGCUUUUAGCUCAUUGUGGGAAGACAGAGGAGGGAUUGAUCCUGCAACACAAACAACAUUCAAGAGACCUUUUGGACCGCUGCCAUACACCAGCUUACCGCGCUGUAAGAAGCUAUGUUUGGAGCAAGGAGACUCAGUUCUUCCACCUAACUGACUAUCUGAAUCCCUGUCACAGUGAAGAAGAUUGAAUCAGCAAAGUUCAUUUGGCGCUGCACUCCACUCUAGCACAAUGCUGAGACAAUCAGAACGUUCACUCAGUCAGAACAGGGCUUUCUUAUUAGAACUGAAUCCCAAUUCAAGCUUCAGGAGGUCAGUUUGACUGAGGCUGAAAAGCUUGCUUCUGCACUUACAGUACAGAUUUAUGGCCCUUGACAUCACAACUGUCAUAAUAUGUGUGCUUGUGUUGUUUGAUGACCAACAUAUUGAAAUCAUACUUCACAGCAACUGCAUCUAAAUGAAGCCAUUGAUUGCACAAGUCAGCUAUAUAUGAAUUGGGGAUAAAACUAUUCAUCAGUAUAAAAUAAAUUCUGUCAAUAAAUAGCCUUAAAUUAAGCUGUUCAGAUAAACAGAUAAACGAUUUUAUAUAAAUAAGAACAACUCAAAUUAUUGAUGGUAUAAAAAUGCAAUAUGUACCAGUUUAGUUUGUCUAACUAUCAAUCUUCACGCGAAAAUAAACAUUUUAUUUCUGAACUAAGUUUCUUUUGUGCUUUAUCUUUUUACCCAUACAUCACUAUGCAAAGCUCUAAUGGAACAAAAAAAUCACAGUG